GCUGCUUCAACCGUCUCAACAACCUCCACCGAGCUCAAUCGCCUAACACACCUCAUCAAGAUACACACAAAUCAAUCGUCCUUCAGCAGCUUAUCACAUCAUCACCAUGGCUUUCCGCGCCCUUCGACGUGCCCCUGCGGCGCUACCCCGCCCUGCUGUGGCUGCUCGCCGCCAAUUCCAUGCCUCGCCCAGAGCGUUUGUGCAAGUCGGCGAAGAGAUCCCAGACCUGGAGGUCCUGUUUGAAAACUCGCCCGGCAACAAGGUGAACCUCAAGAAGGAGUUUGAGAACACCAAUGGCGUCAUUGUGGGCGUGCCCGCCGCCUUCUCUGGCGCCUGCUCGGCGAAGCACGUUCCGAGCUACAUCAACCACCCCAAGCUCGCGGAUGCUGGCCAGGUCUUUGUUGUGAGCGUGAAUGACGCUUUUGUCAUGAAGGCGUGGGCAGACCAGAUGGACCCCACAAAGGCUUCCGGGAUUCGGUUCCUCGGCGACCCUUCGGGCCAGUUCACUGAAGCUCUUGAUGUGGGAUUUGACGGAUCCGCCAUUUUCGGCGGUAUGCGCAGCAAGAGAUAUGCUUUGGUCGUGGAGAAUGGAAAAGUCAAGUCGGUCCAUGUCGAGCCUGACAACACCGGCACCGACGUGUCCAUGGCUGACAAGGUGCUUAAAACGCUGGAAUGAGGUCGGUUGGUCGACCCAGGGUGACCGUCAGAUUGAACGAGAAAAGGGAAUUUAUGGGAGUGAUCAUGUGUCUUUCUGUACGUCUCAGAAUGAGAGCACUCUCUACCAAUGACUGCCGUAUGCCCUUUGAGCCAGAACCAAUGACUGUAAGCAACAUGGCUAUGGAAAGUCUUUGAUGACAUGCAAGUUCAGAAUCCGACCAGAAGUCGAUUCAACUGAACUCGUGGCUCCCUAUCCAACUAUUGGAAAGGCAAAGGGAGAUUCACCGCAGGAACUGCAGAUCAUUGGCAAAAAGGUUUCGUAAGACUCGUCGUGGGCGGUGUUGCAAGGGCGCCGAAACCAAACUGGGCCUGGAACUGGGCUAAGCUCUCAGCUGAGG